AUCAAUCAAUGGAAUGAAUGGUACAUGUGUUGUAUUUGAGGUUAUUUUCAAAUCAUUGUUAGUGAGGCGUGGUUGAUCUGUAACAUAUUUGAUCUUUUUAAAAUAAUGUAUUUUUGUUUCUUUGUUUUGAGUGCUUGAUGUGUCAUGAAUAAAAUACAUAUGUGACCUGAAACAGACAUUUUGUUUUAAACAUAAUUUUAAAAGUGUAAUUUGUAGGUUAUAACCUUAUUUACUGUUUGUACACUGUAACCUCAACCAAUUUACCAGGACUUGAAAACUGUUCAUAUUUUUUAACCUGGAACUAAAGGUUGGUUAAAGAAACGAGCUAUGGCUGCAAUAUAUCAAAAUAAAGGCAGCAAAUUACAAGUAGUUCCCUGGUUUAAUAAGAAAGAAUGGCAGGAAACAUACCACCAAGCAUAUUCCGAAGACCUAGAGUUGCAAGAGAAGGCUUAUACUCAAAUGUGUAUUUGGAAAACAAGAUACCCCAACUUGCCUCUGGGAGUGGAGUGCACAAUGGAUAUUUUAUAUGUAAGACUUUGUGACAAGCAAUCAGAUGGAAGCGCAAGCACUGCUUCCUACCAACACAGAGACCUACAGUUGCUUUACUCCACAGCUGUCAUGAGGUUCCUGAACCACCUAACAGUGAUAACCACCUACAAAGAUUCCAUGUACAAGAUGGCCGAAGAGAACCGAAUACCAGACUGGCUUAUUAAUUUGCGGCAUGAGGCAGCUCAUGGAAACUCAGUACCGGCUCUGUACCUGCUGCGACAGGCCAGCGACGUGAUACUGCAGUGGCUGCAGGAUAAUUACUGGGAGGUGGAGGCAGGAAUCAUGACAGACCACAUUAGUGAUGGACAAGAAAAGAGGCAAAGUUAUUGCAGGAAAAUAACAGAAUUACUAGAACUAUGGGUUGUGUUAAAGGUCAACUAUUGGGCACGCAAAAGAACCAUAGACAAAAUACCUGAAGAAGACAUCAGAUUUAGAAAAAGAGCAAUGGAGUUAGCAAAUGAAGAAGGCAUUGGUAUAAAACGCUCAGCUGAAAAGGGAACUGCCAAGCAGGUAACGGCGAGUCCAGCCAAACCUGAUGAUUAUAACGAGAUUAUUGAAGAAGAAGAAGAAAUGGAUCUUGAUGAAAGUGGAAUCGAAGUGUAUACCCACAAGAUCAAGACUGCCUUUGAUCCACUGCUGCGAUGUUUGUUCUUCCCACUCAGGAAAAAACCUUACAGUAAGAACUUCUACAAAGAGUGCCUCAUCAAUUGCCUGGUCAAGUUCGAAGGAUUCUGUCCAAAUAUGGGUUUUAAAAACUUCUCAGAGACAGAGCUAUCACAGUUGAUGUGGCUACAGUGGCAACUGUGGAGAGAGGUAAUGGUGGCACUCCAGGCACACAGGAUGUUGCACUGCCUCCUGUCAAGGCUCAUGGCUCUGGGAACCAGCUCUGCACACGUGUGGCUGCGGCUGUUCACUAUGCUGCUAUCUGGAGAUCAUCCGCCCCCUCCACCCUACUGGGGCGGCGAGGUUGUUUGUCUGCUGCUGGCCGAUAGCCUACCAUGUCAAAUUGAUCCUCAGGUACUUGCUCGCAGGCUAAGAUUGAAGCAAAGCCCAUAUGACCUGAAGCCACCAACUGCCCAGGACAUCCAAGUGCUGCAGAAACUAGCGCACCAAGCUGUGGAAAAUCCUUCUCUCUUCACAGCAAGCUACGUGAAAAGCCUGCUGAGAUACUGGGAGGACGGUCUGAGUGACAAGAGUAUGGCGUUGUUAAUUGAACUCACUCAGAUAUACAGCGGUACACAGCCUCGUAAGGGCAAGUCCCUGGAGAAGGUGUACACCAUGGCGUCCCUGCUGGACCAGGGGCUCGUGGUCAGUGAAGACGAGGAGGAUAACAGUCAGUCCCAGGACAUUCUGCCUUGGCAACUCUACUCAGGGGAUGCAGAUUGGCUUCGAUGUCCUCUUGGAUCACUGCCGUGGCAAUCUUUAUGACUGUUAUUGCCAACAAAAGAUUAUACUGGCUAAAACUUGAAGAUUGGUGAUAUUGCUGUUAUUUUGUCUAAAAUAGAUUGAUAAUAAAAUGUGUUGAUUUUUUAUUA